UAAAAAUGUCAUAAAAUGAUGACGGGUAACUUCCUGAACUUCAAAGAGAAAUUUAAGAGUGCUUGUACGUACUUGAACAUAUAUAAAAAACACCCUAUCCAUACCCCAAUUCAAUCUUAUAGCUAUAUUAAGAUUUGAAUAAAUAAUUAAAAAAAUUAUUCAAAAAAUCGCAAAGGUUAUAGGAGUAGAGCAUUAUUCCAAAUAGUUAAGGUGCCUUAAAGUAUUGUGAUAGCUCUUUGGAACUCUAAUCAAUAAUUUACAAUAAUGAAGUGCAAUAGGUUGGUUUACUCAAUCAAAAAGAUAUUGAAAAAAAGCAACAUAAUUUGAAGUCUAUGUAUACUGAUGCAAAAGAACAUCCAUAUCUAGAUGAGAAAAAAAAAAAAGGAAGAAGAUUAAAGUGAAAAUCGAUUUAGC